CAAGGUGGGAAAAGAGCUCUCAAGAGGGGAUCUGAGCAGCAAAGAGCCGAUUUUUAUCCCUAUCUGUGCUCCUCAGGCAGGCGUGGGUUAUGGGCCUGUCUGCUCCACUGUGAUGAGGAAAUUCUGGAGUGUAAAAAAAAUACAAAACAGCCCCACUCCCUCCUCCUGUUUCCAAACUUUGAAAAGCUUUUCCUGUCUGAGCCGUGCCUGAAAUGACUGAACUUGCCAGGAGUUAAGGCUGCAAAGCAGCACCGGGGCUGGACGGGAAUUUGGCUGUUUUCCUCCCCACUUGUCUGAGCAAGAGCAGGUUGUGCCGGGUGGCGGCGAACUGGACUUUGGCAGUGUCAUGGCAACGGCCGUCCCUGAAAAGCUCAGCCGCCUCUUCGUUAACGUGCGGCAGGUCCCUCAGCUGCUGGCCCCGCUCUCCCCCUCCACCGUCAGCAGCGCCGAGGUGCCGAAGGUCUUCUGGAAGCCCUACAUCCACGCCGGCUACCGGCCGGUGCACCAGACCUGGCGCUAUUACUUCUCGACGCUCUUCCAGCAGCACAACGAAGCCAUCAAUGUCUGGACCCACCUGGUGGCCGCCCUCAUCCUGCUGCUGCGGUUCCAGCAGCUCUCGCAGAGGGUGGAUUUCGGGCAGGACCCGCACGCCCAGCCCCUCCUCAUCAUCAUCGUGGCGUCCAUCACCUACCUGACCUUCAGCACCCUCGCGCACCUCCUGCAGGCCAAGUCCGAGUUCUGGCACUACAGCUUCUUCUUCAUGGACUACGUGGGGGUGGCCGUCUACCAGUACGGCAGCGCGCUGGGGCACUACUACUACGCCAUCGAGCCCAGCUGGCACGAGAAGGUCAAGGGCUUUUACAUGCCCGGGGCCGUCCUGCUGGCGUGGCUGUCCUGCGCGGGCUCCUGCUACGCCAAGUUCCGCUACCACCAGUCCGCCCGCCUGCUGAGCAGGCUGUGCCAGGAGAUGCCCUCGGGUCUGGCGUACGUGCUGGACAUCAGCCCCGUAGUGCACCGCAUCUACACCGCGCCGCCCUCUGAGCACGCGGACCCGGCCCUUCUGUAUCACAAGUGCCAGGUCCUGUUUUUCCUCAUCGGCGCCUUUUUUUUCUCCCACCCCUACCCAGAGAAGUGGUUCCCUGGGAAGUGCCAUUUCUUCGGGCAGAGCCACCAGAUCUUCCACGUCUGCCUGGUGCUCUGCACGCUGGCGCAGAUCGAGGCAGUGGUGCUGGACUACGAGUCCCGGCGGCACAUCUACUCUUCCCUGCACGGUGACCUGGCUCACAACUUCUCUGCCCUGUGCCUCUUCACCGUGACCUGCUCGGUCCUCACGGCCACGUACAUGGCCCGGAAGGUGCAGAACAAGCUGAGCUUCAAAGAAGAUUAGGAGCCCUGCGGGAGAAGUUGGGGCGCUUCCCUGAGCGGUUCCUCUGCAGCUGGUUGCGGCGAUGCCGUGGCAAAGGCCACAAAAUUCGAGGAGAAGAGGAAUGAGACGCUUUGCGAGCUGUUUCUCGGCACUGCCCUGGUUAGGGAGAGGGGGAAUAAGAGCUGCUCUUCGUGCUUUUUUAAUUCACAGUUAAUCCCAGCUUGUUCUCAAAAUGGUACACUGUUUUCGUUCAAAUGUCUGAAUAAACAGCUGGAACAAAACA